UUGACUGGUUAGCUCACUACAGACUUCUCACUUCAGUCCAUAAAUUGUACACUGUGUGCAGAAAAGCUAUGACUGACAGGACAGAGCAGACGAAGAACUGAUGGGACAUGAACUUGGACGCUUUGAGAGAGAAUGCUUGUGAGCUGAGACAAGAGGAGGUCUUUAGCUGGACUGGAGUCCAACUAUAUAACAAAGAGAAGACACAGAGAACAGGGGGACAACAGGAGAGGAACAAAGGCUGAGACCCGUAGAGAGAAAAAGAGAGAAACUGAAAAGAAGAAGAAAGAGGGGGUGUUAACCCAUUGACCCUACAACCAUCCACCACCAUCUUGUAUCAUCAUGAACACAGACACCAGCCUCAACCAUGCAAAUAGCUCUUUACAGCAUUCAGACAUCGAGCUGUUCUCGACUGAAGAAGACAGCAGUCUCUACUUCACCUACAGUGGAGGUUGUAAUGAGCUGGAGGUCAAUAACCUGCAUUAUGAGGUUGACACAGCGGCUCAGAUCCCCUGGUAUGAGAGGUUAUCAGAGUUCAAGUUGCCGUGGGAGAUAAACAGAAACAAGCAGAUAGCCAUCAACAGGCUCAGCCUCCGAGUCCACAGCGGACAGAUGCUGGCCGUCAUUGGCAGCUCAGGUUGUGGUAAAACAUCUUUGCUGGACAUAAUAACAUGUCGUGAUGAGGGCGGUACAAUGACGUCCGGUCAGGUUCUGAUUAACGGGAAGCCAAACACACCCCAGCUGGUGAAGAAGAGCAUCGCUCAUGUCCGCCAAGAUGACCGCCUUCUUCCUCACCUCACCGUCCGGGAAACUCUUGUCUUUGUUGCCAAACUGAGGCUCCCCACCCACUUCACAAAAGCUCAAAGGGACCAGAGGGUGGAUGAUGUCAUCGCAGAGCUGCGGCUGCGACAGUGUGCUCACACCAGAGUGGGAAACGACUAUGUGAGGGGUGUUUCUGGAGGAGAGAGGAGGAGAGUCAGUAUCGCUGUCCAACUUCUUUGGAACCCCGGCAUUUUGAUCCUGGACGAGCCCACGUCAGGUUUGGACAGCUUUACAGCCCACAACCUGGUGAUCACACUAUCCCGCCUGGCCCGGGGUAACCGUCUGGUCCUGCUGUCGGUCCACCAGCCUCGUUCAGAUAUCUUUCAGCUCUUUGACCUCGUCGUCCUGCUGUCGUCGGGGUCAGCUGUUUAUUGUGGCGCUGCUCGUGACAUGGUGCCUUACUUCACUGCCCUGGGAUACCCUUGCCCAAGAUACUGCAACCCCUCUGACUUCUAUGUUGACCUGAUCAGUAUAGACCGGCGUAGUCCAGAGCAAGAGGCCAAGUGUUUGGAGCGGUCCAGAGUUCUGGCUGAGCAGCUAAUGGAAAAGGUCCGAGACACAGGCGAUCACAUGUGGAAAUCAGCUGGGACCAACACAGCACUGACACAGACUGAAAGCCAUCAGAGGCUGAGCAAAGUAAUCACCAUUUCCAAUGAAAGCAACCGACUGCCAGGCCGACUCCACCAGUUCACUAUCCUCAUCAGGCGUCACAUGUAUAAUGACUUCAGAGACCUGGUCACCUUAUUGGUCCACGGCUUUGAGGCCCUCCUCAUGUCACUGCUGGUCGGUUGUCUCUACUACGGGGCAGGAGAAGAGCGUCUGUCCAUUCAGGACACAGUUGCCCUCCUCUACAUGAUCGGAGCUCUCACCCCAUUUGCUGUGGUGCUGGACGUCAUAGCUAAAUGUCACACAGAGAGAGCCAUGCUCUACCACGAGCUAGAGGACGGCAUGUACUCUGUCACCUCCUACUUCUUUGCCAAGGUCCUGGGGGAGUUACCAGAGCACUGUGUGUUCACGCUGGUGUACGGCCUGCCCAUCUAUUGGCUGGCAGGUCUUAACGAGGCUCCAGAUCGUUUCCUGCUAAACAUCCUGCUGGUGUGGCUGAUGGUUUACUGCAGCCGAGCCAUGGCUCUGUUUGUAGCAGCUGCGUUGCCCACCCUGCAGACCUCAGCAUUCAUGGGCAACUCCUUGUUCACUGUCUUCUACUUGACCGGAGGUUUUGUGAUCAGCCUGGAGAAUAUGUGGCUUGUGGCCUCGUGGCUCUCUCACGCCUCCUUCAUGCGCUGGGGUUUUGAGGGCAUGCUGCAGGUACAGUUCAGAGGCAACAAGUACCCUGUCACCAUUAGCAACAUCACCAUCCAGGUUGACGGCAUACGCGUGGUGGAGGCCAUGAACAUGAACCAGUACCCUCUGUACUCGUGCUAUCUGGUCCUGCUGGCAGUCUGUCUGGUCUUCAUGGCGCUCUAUUACCUGUCCCUGAAAUUCAUCAAACAGAAGUCAAGUCAGGACUGGUGAACCCAUCUGGACCAUUUCCAACAAUCAGACCAAACGCUGUCUGAAAUCACCCACACAACAUCAGUCCGGUUUUCAACUUUAGGAUGUUUUUUUUUUUUUUGCAGCAGCAGAAGGAAGUAAAGUGGGUUCUAGUUCGACUGGUUCGACACGGAGCCAUGCUUUCCAUUUUUAUUCUACUGUGCUUUAUUAAGAUGUUU